CCUCCCUUGCCCUGGCUCUCCACAUCGCUCUCUGCUCUUGCUCUGAGCCGCACACCCCCAAGGACCCAUCCACAGCCUCGUAUUCCACACACUGCGCCAUGGCAAAGGGCGCAGACGCCGGGCCGAGCGCCUCGCACAAGCGCAAGCGCCCAGACGCCCCGGCUGCGGGCGGCUCCGGCCAGGCAUCCACCAGCGGCGAGGGAGGCGCUCGCGGAGGACAUGCCAAGCGAGGACGCGGCUCGGCGCGCGGUCGAGGCGCCGGACGCGGGCGAGGCGCAUCGCGCGGCGGCCAUGGCGGCAGCCGCAAGGCCGCCCGCACCGAGGAGGAAGAGGACCCCGAUGCAGCAGACGAGCCGCUGGGCGUCAGCAAGCUCAAGGCGAGCCUGCGGCAGACGCGCCGACUGUUGGCAAAGGACAACGUCGCUCCGCCCGUGCGCCAAGAGGCCGAGCGGCGAGCGCGUGCUCUCGAGACGGAGAUCGCCGAUCGUGAGCGCUCGAACGUGGAGCGCGAGAACGCGCGCAAGAGCCAUGCUACGCGCUUCUUUGAACGGCAAAAGCUCGUCCGGCAGAUCAAGAAGCUCGUCAAGGCCGGGGCGCAAGACUCGCCGCAGAUCCAGGAGCAGCUGCAAGAAGCGCGCGUCAGGCUUGCAUACGUGCUGAACUGGCCGCACGAGCACGCAUACGUCAGCCUCUUCCCCACCGUUGGCGCGGGGCCGUUUGCAGACGCCAAGGCACCUGGCGCGCCGCCGGCCGAUGCAUCCGAGAGCGUGCGGCGCGCUCACGAGGUGCGGGCGCUGAUCGUGUCGCGCAUGGCAGACGGCUCGCUGGGCGCGAAGCCGGACGAGGAGCUCGCGGCCGAGAGUGGUGCCGAGCGGAAGCGCGACGCUCUGCGCAAGGGCGGCAAGCAGGCAGGCAGCGGCGACGAGGACAGCGAUGCGGGCUCCUCGGACGGAGAGUCGCAGGCCGGCCUCGCGCACGACGACUUCUUUGCGGGCGAGAGCGAGGACGAUGAGUAGUAAUGAAAGCAUGUCACGCCGUG